AAGCUUACUGCGGCUGCUGGCGAAUCUAGCAGGCCAUGUUUGGAGCCACGCCGCCCUUCGGAAACGGCUUCGGCAACACCGGCGGGGGCCUGUUUGGCGGGGGUGGAUGCGGUGGUGGCUGCGGCGGCUUUGGCGUCGGCGGCACACCGCAGAUUAAGGAUCCCAACACCAACCAGGAUGCCCCAGUCCCGGAGAGCCCGAGCGACGGCAUCAGUUGCCUGCGGUGGUCACCUGCAGCCAACAUCUUCGCUUGUGGAUCCUGGGACAAGAGUGUGAGAAUAUGGGAGGUCACAGCACAGAACAUCCAGCCUCGCAUGGCUUACAACCACGAGGCCCCAGUGCUGUGCUGCGCCUUUUCCAAGGAUGGACAGCGCGUGUUUAGCGGAGGAUGUGACAACAAGGUGAAGAUGAAGGUGCUGCAGACGCAGCAGGAACAGCAGAUAGGGCAGCACGAUGGUCCGGUGAAGGAGGUCUUUGCGCUAGAUGAAAUGAACAUGGUCGUUUCCGGCAGCUGGGACCGGACGCUUCGCUUCUGGAACCUGCAGCAGCCGACGCCGGUGGCAACCUUGCAGUUGCCGGAGAGAGUCUACUCCAUGGAUGUGAAAUUCCCAUUGCUAGUCGUGGGAUGCGCUGAUAGACACGUGCUGGUCUAUAAUUUGCAGGCCAUUCAGCAAAAUCCGCAGCCGUACAAGCAGGGCCAGACAGCCCUGAAGCUGCAGACGCGCGCAAUUUGCGCCUUCCCGGACAAGACGGGGUAUGCAGUGGGUUCUGUUGAGGGCCGAUGCUCCAUCGCGUACAUCGAGGACUCCAGCAAGAACUUUGCUUUCAAGUGCCAUCGCACCAACACGGAGAUUUACGCCGUGAAUGACAUUGACUUCCACCCGCAGAUGGGGACUUUUGCCACCUGCGGUGGUGAUGGCACCUUCGUGUGCUGGGACAAGGAGAACAGACAGCGACUGAAAGCUUUCAAUUCUUGCCACUAUCCGAUCACGGCUGGCAAAUUCAAUGCACCCGGUGAUUUGUAUGCCUACGCGGUGUCCUAUGACUGGAGCAAGGGCCAUGAGCACAACCACCCCAGCCUCCCGAAAGGCGUCUUGGUGCACAAGGUGCAGGCAGCAGAGGUGCAGCCCAAAGCGGCGGCCAACGGACGUGCAAAGCGCUGAGGGCCGGUGCCAGCUGGUGCCUUGAGUCGUGACUCGGACAGACGCUGGCAGACAUUUCAGGUCGCAAGGGCAAGUCAGAUGUGGCUGCUGUACAGGUGCCCUGCUGUGGCUUGAUGCUUAUGACUUUAGGUCUCACAAAGAUCGCAGGUCCAUGCGAAGGCGAACAACUGACGGGAUUGUCCAGCAGAGCAGUUGAUCUGCAUGUGGCGCUGGGUGCAAGGGGGUUGUCCCGUGGCUUGGGCCCUUAGUUUAGCG